AAGUUUCAAACAAAUAUAAACGCACAGUCCAGAGAGAGAGAGAGAGAGAGAGGAGAAGAUUUCUGUACAGAGAAGAAGAGCAAUGGCGGAAGAUCAUGACGAUUUAGACGAACUCCUUGAUAGUGCUUUGGAUGAUUUCCAUAAUCUAAAUCUAACUUCAUCACAAAGGAGUGAAAAUAUUGGGGAGAAGAGCGAAGAUAAGUCUUUUCCAUCAUCAUCAUCAUCUGGAGCAGUACAAGGAUUAUUAGGUGGUUUACCUGAUUUAAAAAGUAAGAAGAAAGGGAAACAGCCACCAAAAAAGAAAGAAGAUCAUGUUACUGAGGCGUUUGAGAAAUUGAGGGAACAAACUAGAGAGGCAGUUCGUGGGUUAGAAUCGACUACUGCGGCAGCAUCUAAGGUGCCUAAUUUGGGUGUAGAUGGUUUAGGGAAGGAGGACGAAAUGAUGGAUGAUUGGGUUAAGCAAUUUGAAGAGAUGGCUGGGUCUCAGGACAUGGAAUCUAUAGUGGAGACAAUGAUGCAGCAGCUUCUAUCUAAGGAGAUUCUUCAUGAACCCAUGAAAGAAAUAGGCACGAGAUAUCCAAAAUGGUUGGAAGAACACAAAUCUAGCUUAAGCAAAGAAGAUUAUGAUCGUUACAGUCACCAAUACGAGCUUAUAAAGGAACUGAAUCAAGUUUAUGAUAGAGAUCCUGGUAACUUCACCAAGAUUGUUGAACUUAUGCAGAAAAUGCAAGAAUGUGGCCAGCCUCCUAGUGAUAUCGUGCAAGAGCUUGCUCCAGAUCUUGAUUUUUCCAACCUUGGCCAGUUAUCUCCUGAGAUGCUUGACCCUCAGCAAGGUUGUUCUAUAAUGUGAGGCAGACUCUCUUGUACUUCUCUCCCCUUUGUUGCUUCUUUUUUCACUUUUUUUUUCUCUUUCAAUGAUGUAGAAAAUAAGGGCAAUUGUGCAUGAGCCAAAUUUUAAUAUAUUUUUCUUUAUUUUUUAAAUGA